CCUUUCUUUUGGAAUUUCUUUCUUUUAUUAAAUUUAAGCAUGGAAGACUAUCGCAAACACAAACCCGUAUCUGGGAGCCCUCAGCUCCCACCUCUGGAUAAGAAUCCGCGUGUCCCUCAAAAUAUAACCAAGAGCCGAAUCAACAAUUUCAUGAGUGGUGGUGGGCAAUUUUACAGCAUGGGUGUACACCAAGCACUUUGGAAAGCAAGAUAUAAAGGCGAGCCUCAUGUAAAAUUGAGUGUCUACAGUGUCCCGAAUCUAAAGCGAAUUACUUUUGAGGAAGCUAUGGCUGGAACUUAUAAAGAAUUUAAACAAAAUGAGACCACGUUUGGACCUAGCUGGUCAACACAUUGGUUCAAGGUUACCAUCGUCAUCCCAGAAUUAAUUGCUGGAGAAGAGGUCGUGUUUCAAUGGGAUAUGCAAUCAGAAGGAAUGAUCUGGAGUACAGAUGGUGUACCUCUCCAAGGAUUGACAGGAGGAACUGCCCAGUCUCGUCAUGAAUAUGUUUUGACGCGCAAUGCAAAUCCUGGUCAAGACUUUACGUUUUACCUGGAGGCUGCGUGCAAUGGCAUGUUUGGCGUGGGAGACCAGAACGAUGCAAUGGUUCCGGACCCCAACCGAUACUUUCGACUUAUAAAAGCCGAUCUGGUUGUACCUUCCCACGAAAUCCAGGAUUUGUAUCAUGACUUAGAUGUUGUUCGUGGUAUUGCGUAUAACACAAAUGAAGACUCGGUUAGAGCACGUAACGCCCUCUGGACUCUUAAUGAAGUGAUCAAUCAAUUUAUUGCAGACGAUCCAAAGACAUGGAAGCAAUGCAAAAGUCUCACAUCUGAAUUUCUUUCCUCCCGCAACGGAAAAGGCCAACACAAAGUAACUGCUUUAGGAAAUUGUCACAUUGAUACGGCAUGGCUGUGGCCCUAUGAAGAAACCAAGCGUAAAAUUGCCCGUUCGUGGUCUACACAGCUCGACCUGAUGAACAAGUACCCAGAUUACAUCUUUACUGCAUCUCAAGCCCAACAGUAUGAAUGGCUGAAGGAUCUUUAUCCACCUUUAUUCAAAAAAAUCCAAAAGAAAGAGAAGGAUGGCCAAUGGGAAAUAAUUGGCGGUAGCUGGGUUGAGCAUGACACCAACAUGCCUAGUGGAGAAUCCCUAUGUCGCCAGAUGCUUUUAGGUCAACGCUUCUUUGAAAAGUAUUUUGGCAAGCGUACCAAGAUUUUUUGGCUUCCGGAUUCUUUUGUUCUUAAGCAGUCUGGAUGUGAUUACUUCUUUACCCAAAAGCUGUCUUGGAAUAAUAUCAACACUUUUCCUUUGACUACAUUUUGGUGGACAGGAAUUGAUAACUCACGAAUUUUAGCUCAUCUGACGCCUGCUGAAACACACGGUGAUGGCGGUGGAGGUCCUACACCUGAUAUGCUGGAAAGAUUGAAGCGUAUGAAAGACGUGUACCUUGAAUUCCAUCGAGGAACAUACACUACUCAGGCAUUAGUAAAGCAGGGAAAUCGCAAAGGCGAAGUACUUUUGAGAGAUUUAGAGAUCAUUUCUACAAUGGCUGCUGUUCUUCAGAGUAAUCCGGAUCUGGCAGAGAAAUACAUCUACCCUGCUGACUCUAUUACUCAUCUGUGGAAACUACUUUGCCUCAACCAGUUCCAUGACUGUCUACCUGGCUCCGCAAUCGGAAUGGCUUACACAGACGUACACAAGGCUCUCUUGUUGAGACAUAAAGCACAAAGCUAUAUCAUAAAUAGCAACAGAAGAGAAGACAACUAUAACGCAGUUGAUCAAGAUGAGGAAAACGGAUUUAUUGUAUUUAAUACGCUCAGCUGGAAACGGUCAGAAGUGUUGGCCGCACCAAAAAAGAAAUUUUCAGACGAUAAUACAGCGGAUAAUGAGGAUGAUAAAUAUAUCAUUGCCUACGAAACUGAGGAUGGUAACUUCAUGCUUGAGAACAGCAAUUUAAAAGCAAAAUUCAAUUCAGACGGACAGCUAAUUGAGCUUAUUGACGAAAGAGUUAUGAGAGGAAAUUUGGUUUCUCCAGGAGAACGAGGAAAUACAUUGGUUCUUUACGAAGAUGUUCCGACGUAUUGGGAUGCAUGGGAUGUUGAAAUAUACCAUUUUCAGAAGCGAAAGACUAUUGAAGGGAGCAAGAGUGUCCAGAUCGUUUCAAAGGGUCCAAUUAAAGCAGAACUCAAAUUCCGUCAGAAUAUAUCUGACAGAAGCUGCAUAGAACAGACAAUAAGUCUAACAUGUAUUGGUGAAAGAAUCGAAUUUAACAAUGUUGUAGAAUGGAACGAAAGCCAUAAAUUUUUGAAAGUAGAAUUCCCUUGGGAUCUUGUUACGGACCAUGCAACAUAUGAUAUUCAACAUGGCGUUGUAAGACGAUCAAAUCACUACAACUCCACCCAAGACUCUGCCAAAUUUGAGGUGUGCGGACACAAGUUUUCCGAUUUGUCAGAGGCAAACUAUGGUGUUGCCUUGAUCAACAAUUGCAAGUAUGGAUAUGCCACACAGGACAAUGUUCAACGAUUAUCACUUCUGAGAUCACCAAAAGGCCCUGAUGAACAUGCUGAUAUGGGCCAACAUGCUUUUAAGUAUGCUAUCUACCCACAUCAAGGUCAUUUCAACAACUCAAAUGUUGUUCGUGAAGCAUUUGAAUUUAAUGUUCCUUUGUCUAUCCGUUAUGCCAAGGGAAAUGCUUUCAGAGAAGGUGUAAUUGUACCUUCCCUGUUUGAGAUCUCUACUCCUGGUGGCGUGAUCAUUGAUACUAUCAAGCUUGCAGAAGAUGACAAGGGUAAAGCAAAGACGGUUAUUCUUCGGUUAUUCGAGGCCUAUGGAGGAAAACAGACAGUUUUGCUUAGCAGCUCGCUUGAUAUCAAGAGUAUGGAGAUAUCAAACAUUCUUGAAGAUAAUGGAGAAAAGUUGCAACCUACUUUCAGAUCAUCUUUCGUUAUUUCAUUGACCCCUUUCCAGAUCUUAACCCUCAAAGCUACCUUGAAUUGAUAGGACAGUAUUAAAGCAUAAUCAUACAUAUGAUUCCAAUAAAAAUAUUGUAUGUAAAAGAAGAUACAAAGCUAAAAUCCUAAAUAAAUGUGGGGGAACCCUCUUUUGCUUAU